AUUGUUCUUAGAAGUAGUUAAAAUCUCUUAGUUUCCUUUGUUUCGUUAACUCUGUAGAAGUAGAAUCUAACACUCUCACUUAUUUCUACCCUGCUUAUAGUAAAACCAGAGAAACACAGUAGUGCGACUAUGGAGCAGUUCAAAGGCCAACCUCGCCUCCCAAAAUUCGCCGUCCCGAAACGCUACGACUUACGCCUCAAACCGGACCUCUCCGCCUGCAAGUUCGCCGGCUCUGUCGCCGUUGACCUCGACAUCGUCGCCGAUACCAACUUCAUCGUCCUCAAUGCCGCCGACCUCUCUCUCGUUACCGGCUCCGUUUCGUUCGCCAACCGAGGCUUUUCUAAGGUGUUGGAGCCUUCAAAAAUUGAUUUGGUUGAAGCAGACGAGAUUUUGGUUUUGGAGUUCGCGGAGACACUUCCGAUUGGGAUCGGAGUUCUCCAUAUCGGGUUUGAAGGACCUUUGAACGACAAAAUGAAGGGGUUCUACAGAAGUACAUAUGAGCAUAAUGGUGAGAAGAAGAAUAUGGCAGUUACGCAGUUUGAACCGGCUGAUGCUAGGCGAUGCUUUCCGUGUUGGGAUGAACCUGCUUGCAAGGCUACAUUCAAAAUCACAUUGGAUGUGCCAUCUGAACUAGUAGCUCUUUCCAACAUGCCAAUUGUUGAAGAAAAAGUGGAUGGGCAUCUGAAGACAGUUUCAUAUCAGGAAUCACCAUUAAUGUCUACAUAUUUGGUGGCAGUGGUUGUUGGUUUGUUUGAUUAUGUGGAAGAUUGUACAUCUGAUGGGGUCAAAGUUCGAGUAUACUGUCAGGUUGGUAAGGCAAAUCAAGGGAAAUUUGCAUUGACUGUUGCUCUCGGAACACUUGAAUUCUACAAAGAAUACUUUUCCGUGCCUUACGCUCUACCUAAAUUGGAUAUGGUUGCAAUCCCUGAUUUUUCUGGGGCCAUGGAGAAUUAUGGUUUAGUUACAUACCAUGAAAUAGCUUUGCUCUAUGACGAUCAGCAUUCUGCGGCUGCCAAUAAGCAGAGGGUUGCUACUGUCAUAGCUCAUGAACUGGCACACCAGUGGUUUGGCAAUCUUGUAACGAUGGAAUGGUGGACUCAUUUGUGGCUGAAUGAGGGGUUUGCAACAUGGAUUAGCUAUUUAGCAACUGAUAGCUUGUUCCCAGAAUGGAAAAUAUGGACUCAGUUUGUUGAUGAAUCUACAGGCGGUCUUAGACUGGAUGGCCUUGCAGAGUCCCAUCCCAUUGAGGUGGAGGUAAAUCAUGCAGGUGAGAUUGAUGAAAUUUUUGACGCAAUAAGUUACAGUAAAGGUGCAUCUGUUAUUCGGAUGCUGCAAAGCUAUCUUGGUGCUGAACCCUUUCAGAGGUCACUUGCUUCAUAUAUAAAAAAAUAUGCUUACUCAAAUGCGAAGACAGAAGAUUUAUGGGCUGCCCUUGAGGAGGAAUCUGGUGAGCCUGUGAACAAGCUAAUGAAUUCAUGGACAAAGCAAAAGGGAUACCCAGUUGUCUCUGUCAAAUUCAAAGAUCAGAAAUUGGUGUUUGAGCAGUCUCAAUUUCUAUCAAGUGGUUCCCAUGAGGAUGAGCAGUGGAUUGUGCCAAUAACAUUGUGCUGUGGCUCAUACGAUGUGUGCAAGAAUUUUUUACUGCAAACAAUGUCUGAAACUCUUGACAUUAAGGAAUUCCUUAGUGAUAGAAGCGGUUCAGCAUCUGCUUGGAUGAAACUCAAUGUUGACCAGGCUGGUUUCUAUAGGGUGAAAUAUGACGAGGACCUUGCAGGUAGACUCAGAUGUGCAAUAGAGAGAAAAUACUUAUCUGCAACAGACAGAUUUGGCAUUCUAGAUGACUCAUUUGCCCUUUGUAUGGCACGCCAGCAGCCUUUGACAUCAUUGCUAACCUUGAUGGUUGUUUACAGGGAGGAACUUGAGUAUACUGUGUUGUCUAAUUUGAUUAGUAUAAGUUAUAAAGUUGCAAGAAUCGUAGCUGAUGCGGCCCCCGAGUUACUGGAUGACAUUAACCGAUUUUUUAUUAGCCUUUUUCAGUAUUCUGCAGAGAAGCUUGGUUGGGAGCCUAAGCAAGGGGAGAGUCAUUUAGAUGCAAUGUUGAGAGGAGAGAUUUUGACUGCCCUUGCUGUGUUUGGAGAUGAUCUGACACUAAAUGAAGCAAGUAGGCGUUUUCAUGCUUUCUUAGAUGACAGAAAUACAUCACUUCUCCCUCCUGACAUAAGAAAGGCAGCAUACAAGGGUGUAAUGCAGAGAGUCAGCACCUCAAACAGAUUGGAUUAUGAAUCUCUGUUGAGAGUUUACAGAGAGACUGAUAGCCAGGAGAAAACUCGCAUUCUAGGUUCAUUAGCAUCUUGUUCAGAUCCCAACAUAAUUCUUGAAGUUCUCAACUUUUUGGUGUCUUCUGAGGUUCGUAGCCAAGAUGCUGUUUUUGGACUUGCUGUUAGUAUUGAAGGACGUGAAACAGCUUGGACAUGGCUGAAGGAUAAGUGGGAGUAUAUGUCAAAAACCUGGGGAGCUGGAUUUCUAAUGACUCGCUUCAUCAGUGCAAUUGUCUCACCGUUUGCUUCAUUCGAGAAGGCCAAAGAAAUAGAGGAGUUUUUCGCAAGCCGUUCUAAGCAGUCAAUUGCUAGAACCCUGAAGCAGAGCAUUGAGCGAGUCCACAUUAAUGCAAAUUGGGUUCAGAGUAUUCAGAAUGAGGAACAUCUUGCCAACGCAGUGAAGGAGGUGGCAUACAGAAAGUACUAAGUGACACUUAUUUGGGCUUUUUUUACAGUUUAUAAGUUGGCAGUUAAAAUAUGAGCUGGAUUUAAGAAGUGUUUAUCACUUGCAAAAUAUGAAGAUGAUCUGAAAGAUUGGAUCGUUGAGUUUGUUAUUCAGUUAAUAGAUUAGUUACAGAUUAGUUAAUCUAUUUUCAGUGUAUUAGUUCAUUGUAUAAAUACUGAACUCUUUUAAUCUCAGUCAUUAAUGCAAAUACAGAAAGUUUCCGCAA